ACGUUACACUUUCUCGUCAUUUCGCCUGGCACGAUAUCUCGUGUGCGACACGAUCGAGUGGAUUCGCGUGAGUGCGUGGCGUGGAGUAAGCGCGAGUGUGUAGCACGCGGAGAAUCACGCGGAAGUGGUGUCGUACGUAUAUACGCGAGCACGUUAUCGCGAAUCGUCGUCGCACCGCGCGCGCGUUUCGUUCCACAGCCUCGUCUUCCUUGUUUAUGUUUAACGGCAGGACGCGCCGCUUUACCGGGAACGCGCGCGAACGACGAAUCGCUCGAUAUCGAAAACUUGGCGUCGCGAUCGUGUUCGGCGGUUCCGCGUUUAGAUACCUCGAUUGAUCCGCAGAUUGUUCGCGAACAAAGACGAACGCCACAGACACGGAGGAGAGGCUGAAGUUGCCGCUUAAUCGCGGCAGUGGUGGUAGUGGCGGUGGCAGGUUGGCCCGCCGCGGCGUUCCUCGGCAAUUUUCGGCGACGGUCGCCGGCGCGUCGCGUCGCGCCGCGUUAAUACCGCGAACACGAAAACCGCGAGGGUUAGUUGACCCGACGCACUGUCACGCAAUGCCGGUUCUGCGAGCAGCGGCACGCGUGGGAAUGUAAAGCGCGCUCGACUUGAUCGAUGCACGUGCGUCGUGCGAACGGCGCGAGUGAGUAUAUAUUCCGCAGUCCUUUCCUCGCGUCCCUGCCUGCGGUCUGCGUCAGGAUUAUACGCGCGCGCGCUCGUUCACCCGCCGGCGGGUGUUUUCCGUGGUGAAAAGUACGCAGUGCGAGGACCCGUGUGAGAGUCCCCAGUGCGAUCGAAGGUGCGCGACCACGCGGCGGAACCGCGUCGCGUUCCGCGUUCUAGGACGCCUCGGUGGCACGCGAUAUGGCACACGGCGGUGCCUGUCGAAACGCGUAGCAUUUCUGAGCGAGGCUAGGAAUUUGAUCGUUCGAUUCGAUUCGAUUCGAUUGGGUUCGGAGUCGGUGGCGCAUCACCGCCGCUCGCGAUUCUGCGCGCGCGAGCGAGCGGAGGAACGUGAAGUUCGGCGCGUACGGGCGAUUGCCAUCUUGCGUCGCCGUUUGAAUCGCCGAGGGAAGGAAGCGAGCGGACGUGGACGCCUUCGCGAUCAUUCUUACGCGAUCGCACUUUCGCUCGUAAUUGCGCCUCGUGAUUCCUUGCUGGCGCGUCUCUGCGGCGAGUGUGCGGCGAGUCCCGAUCGCGACGUAAACACGUCAGUGCAAUGACACGGAGGCACGCGAGUCUAGUCGUCUCCCCUUUUGCCCACUGCUGCGCAGUAACGCCGGGCGGCAGUGUACACAUCACGGACCGAUAUUUCGUCAUGUAUCCUAUCCGCGUAUCUCGAACAAUGUAUCUUUUAUUUUAUUUUUGUCGUUUCUUCAACCUCACCGUACCGCCCGUAGAGAUUCUAAGCCAAUUUGGAUCAGGAUCGGACGUCCGUGCGAUCGUUCGACGUGGCAGAAUGCGCGGCAAGGGCAAGCUGGUGCCUUUCGAACGACGUGGAUGACAAGGACUCGUAUUAUCGCGUCGCAUUUGGUACGGCAAUAACGUCCUCGUUCCGCGGAUCGAACCCGCUCGUGGUGUGUACCGAACGCGGGGGUGGAAUAGUGUGAGAACAGUGCGGAGUUGUAAUUGUGUGUGUGUGCGCGCGCGGGCGGCGCGCGAAAAUCGCAACGCAGUGACGAUUUAUCACCGAGUAUCAUCGACGUCCGGCGCAACAUGGAUUACCGGCUCCUGCCCAACAACAACAACAACAACAACAAUAAUUAUCCCACGCACCAUCAUUGGUUCCCGAAGAUGUGCUCCUGUCUUGAUGGCAACUCGACACUGCCAAGCAGUCGACCCUCCGGUCGAACUGGAAGCUACGAACGGUUCGGUUCCGCUCUCACAAUCUUCGAAUUAAGUAGCACGAUGGAAAGGACACGAAGGAAUAAUGGUCAAGAUUUGAUGGACAGUGAAAGGGAAGAAUUACGGUUCUACAACAACGAUCACUCUUGGACUACCGUAGUUGUGGAGAAAAAUCUGCGAACGAUCGAUCUGUGCGAGUUACUUAAAGUUAAGAGGAACACCGUUGGCGCCGCCUGGUCGAUAAUCGAGACAUGGCCGAAAUUAGGAAUUGAACGUACAUUAGAAGAUCAUGAAGACAUUCUAGCCGUUCAUAGGGAAUUAGAGAUGUUCGCAUCACGCUACGAAAGGAAGUUUUAUUUUAGUGAAGAUUUUUUGAAAUACGAAUUGUUUGUUAAUCCCAAGCAAUUUUUCCCGAGCGAAAUGGUCGCGUUUCCCAGCGGGGAGGACAGGGGCACAUUCACCGAAGCUGAGAGCGCGCUAAGGAAUUAUCUGUCACGGGAGGAUGGCGAGUGCCCGCAAGUAUUCAGCUCGGUGUGGAUGCGACAUACGACCUCGAAUGGCUGGAGGAAGAUGUAUAUGCUGCUUCAAGGACAGACUUUGUACACGACGAAAAAGCCCAUCGUGACGCCGCCAAAACGGCCUCUGGACGGCGAACAGCUAAUCGCCUUUGCACAUUUAAGGGACUACAACGUGUACAGGAUUCCAAACGCCAAACGUUGUUUCGGCGCACCCUUCGAGUGGGGCGCCUGUCUGAGGCCGUACAGCAACGCUGAAGUCGAAGACACGGAGGCUGGGGUGCCCGGGAUCAAGGUCAUUGCUUUCGACAGCGAAAAAUCACGCGCCUGCUGGCUCACAGCCAUGAGACUCGCUAAGUACGGCAAACAGCUCCGAGAGAAUUACCGAGCCUUCAAGAACAAGCAGUGCGAGCAGAACGGCAGCGGCAGCCCCGGCAAAGAACAAUACAGCAGCUACAAUGUGUCCAACGAAUCCGUACGAUCACGCGUGGCAAUGGACUUCACCGGUAGUGUGGGCAGAAUUGUCGAAGAUCCCAAGGAAGCCAAGGACAUAGCCGAAAACGAGGGCAUAAUCUGGCGACGGAGAUGGCGACCGUUCUCGCGAACACCACCGGGCUGUGCGAUGGUGAGGUUGCAUGGUCUCGAUGGCGGCAUACACGUUCUUCAACCAUGGUUUCAUGGCGGCCUCAAGAGAGAGGUUGCAGCAGCUAUUAUACGGGAUCACGGCAGCGUCGACGGCGUAUUCCUGGUCAGAGAGAGCAAGAGUAAUCCGGGAGCCUACGUGCUGACCUACAAGUACAGCGACAAGAUCUUUCACGCGCAAAUCCAGCCCGUCUUCGACGAGCGUCGCAACUGCUGGCUGUAUACCCUCGACAAGGGGGCGACCAAGUUCUACGACUUGCUGCAGCUGAUCGAGUUCUAUCAGCUGAACGCGGGCUCAUUGCCCACUCGACUGACGCACUAUGUGCAGAACGGGGUGCAGCCGUCAGUUUCCCGACCGGAGGAUGGCGGCGCAUCACCGUCGCCGCCCGAGAGCGGCAGCCAACGAGUAAGCAGCAGCGACAAAGCCGCAGAACCGUGCGGCAAACCGACGAGCAUUUGAGUAUAGGACAGUCGGCGACCCGCUGGUGUUGUCGACGACGAUCGCCUGCUCACCGCUUCCGCCAUCGGCAACGAAUCCGCCGCUCCCGUCACCAUCGCCGAAAACAUCGUAAUGGUGCAUCAUAGCAGUAGCAACAACAAGAACAACAACAACAACAACAACAAUCGUCUGGGGAACAAUAAUAUCGGUGGCAGCGGUAACGGGAACAGUGGCGAUGUCCGGGCGACACGAUCGGGUUGCUGGAAUCUGUGUCUAUGCAGUUAUAACAAGUGGGAUUUGUAGCGCGAUCGACGGCAGCCAGGGCAGUAUCUAAGCACUCCUGUGAGAAGAAACAACUUCAUCUCGCUGUGACGAGGAAGAGAGACGACGAGCAAGGGGAAUCAAGAAGAGACGACAGAGGCGAUACCGCCUUGAGCGUCGUCAUUCAUCGUCGGGACAUCCUCUUCGGAGAUCCCGAGGCAUCUUACUACGAUAACGAGGACUCAACGUACGCGUGAAAUGUCACCGAGUCGUCUGACCCGUGCAACAGAACGACCAAUUUCUGGGCUCGAGGCACGCAAUACCAAGAGAACGCGAUCGCUAGCAGGAGAACCAGAGGAUCGUUGUCGAUCACGAGGAAUUCUUUUUCGUCUUGAUUUUUCACCCUUGUUCUGUUAUCUCCGCUCACACACGAGUCAGUCCUAUAGUAUCCUAGCGCAGCGUCGACAGCGAUCCUCGCGCGAAGAAACGGAGACCUCUUCGAUGUUUUUAAUCGUGCAUUCACUGUGUUAGUCGUCGUGUAAGGAUCGGUCCAGGGGACGAUCGUUGGUCCAUUUUGUCGUCUAAACGUAUCUUCCCAAAUAUCCCAAAUUUCCCAAAUUUCCCCCUUUUUCCCUCGCCUGAGAUUUUCAACGAUAAGUGCGUCUAGACGAUCAAAGAGGCAUCUGAUUUGUUUAUUUUAAUUUUUUUUCGCCUUUUCCAUUUUCUACAUGUCCACGAUAUUUGGCGCGAACUCGAUGCGCGCACUACACUUAGAUUUACCAACCGUGACGCGGGCGACGUUAGGACGUCGUCCGCGUUUUUCCGCGAGGAGAAGAGAAAUGCGCGAUUGCGCGGCGCAUGUAUGCAUAUUGGAACAUCGUAUGCAUGUGUGAGAGAGAGAGAGAAAGAGAAGAAACAGAAAGAACGAUAGAAAGAGAGAAUUAUUGUCAUGGAGUACGAUGUUGUAGUUGCGCAACUAUGCGCCAGCAAUACAAGAGGAACACGAACAGUCUUUCUGCGUGCGUGCGUGCGUGCUUGUAUGUAUGUAUGUAUGUAUGUAUCAAUGAGUGGAUGGAUGGAUUGGAUGCAUACGUAUACAUACGUAUACAUACGUAUGUACAUGAGAAAGAGAACGAGAAAAGUGCGAUUGAAUUGGCGCGUGGUCUUCCCCUUUUCCCCUUUUUUUUCCUUUGUUAUCUUUUAUGGCGCCCGUAGCGCGUAUCCAGCAACCCUUCCGUUUAGUUAUUCCCCUGAAAAGAAUGCGCGACAGAGAGUCAACCGCGCGACUAGCUACCACACACGACUUCGUCGUCAGCCGACGACGACGUGCUUAAACGACGAGGGAGAAUCGACCAAGUCGAGGGAGAGAAGAGAAUGUAUGAAGCGUCCGCGUGUUCCGUUCAUUAACCGUAAGGCUGUGUGCAGGCAAGAUCACUUGAAGGGAACGAUAACGUUGCUAUUUCACGGUUAUUCCCAAGGUUUCAGGGUGUUCAAAAUUUAAGCGAGGCAACUUCGCCAACCUGACAGUACGAAAGAAGAUGGAGCGUGGAUUUCUCACAUGCGCAGAGGUGUCGAGGGUGUCUCGCGUCUUGUUCACGAAAAUUUUUAUCGCGGCUCGCGAUAAGGAGCCGAUACGCGGCGCGGCGAAUCAAUGCCGCAAAAAAGCGAAGCGGGAAAGAGCACAUACAUUAAUAAAUCUAAGAGACACAAUACGAUUAGUGUAAGAUUCCUCGACGCAUCGAGGACCGGGGGACACGUUCGCGGAUUCUCCUGAUAUUGUAGCGCGCGAUGACAGAUUCGGAAGCGUGUCCUUCGGCAUGACAUGAUCUCAUACGUUACAGACGUUUCAGUUGCGCGAGGCAUUUGUUGGUUAAUACGAAAAUUCGGAAGACGAGGUUCAAUUAAUUAUUAUAAAAUUGUGCUAAAAACACACGUAAUAAUGUGAAGUAUGGAAACGAGAGAGAGUGAAUGAGAUAGAGUGAGAAAAAAAUAAAUGCGUAUGUUACAUGUGUGAGGAGGAGAAUAAGGAAGAAGUUGACGACGUUGGUCAUGCAGCGAAACAGAAAAAUCUAUUUAAAUACAUAAAAAAAAGUAUAUAUGUAUAUGCAUAUUCUAAAUUACACAAUUACUUUUAUAUUCGAGAAUAUAUUAGUAACGUGAUUGGAGAGAAAAAUCGAUGGUAUGAAGUUCGUGGGUGUAGCGUCACCGGGUGCGAACGUUGUCGUGCAUUCAGAUUUACAAUACGGAAGUUUUUUCAAAGUAAUGUUUUUCGGAUAAUAAUAAUGUGAAAGUCGUAUAAGAUAAAAGCGGUUCGACGGGAGCUGUGGAGAGUGCAGGGUAUGGACGCGAGACAAAUUAUUUACACAACGUAUUAUUAUUCAUCGAAAGAAGAAUCCUCCCGCCCCCCUAUUCGUACCUAUCUUUUUAAUAAUAUAUUUUUUCAUUGAUUAUUUAUUUACUUUAACGUCGAAUGUAGCGCCUGCGCGUCAUUGUCUAUUUCAAGUGGUGACGUUUUGAAUAAUUCGAAGAAGUGCAGAUCUUACGCAGAUAUGUAACACAGAACAAAUAAAACACACACACAUGUACACACGUACUCGCGUACACAUACACGUACACUAAACACCCUCAACAUGGACACAAAUUGCAUUAAAUUUUAGAAUAGUAGCGCUUUAUAGAACUGACUAUUAGGAUAACAAAUUCUUCGUGAAUGGGUAUGAAAAAAAUAAUCUUUUGUAGAACGGUGGUCUGCAAACGCGGCGUUUAUCCUUGAUCCGUUCGCGCGAAACCUUCAGCCCCCCAAUAAAAUUCAAACUAAAAGUCCAUGUAACAAAAUUACCUCGCGGAAUUACGCUUAUCGCGAAAAAUUGUCCUUUCGGCCUUUCGUGUAAAUAUGUCUAUUUAGGCCAAAACCACCCCCGUUCCCCGAACUCCCUGUCCGCACUGUCCCGUCUACCCGUGGCCCGUCGGCAAUUUGAAAAUCAACUUUGAUAGCGGUUAAUCAAUCUUGAUUUUUCAAGUCGGCACCGCGGAACUUCGAAAUUCUCCCUCGGAAUCUUUCUCCCGUUUCCUCACGACUUGAACCGAACGGAAAACGAGACGGACGCCGGGUUCCCUGUGACCACCAGCGUAAAAAAGCUAUAAAUAUUAUUAUUACGAUAUUAAUUAACGAUAUAAAUUAUAAUAAAAUAUAUUUUGUAUUAACGUAGUCACGAAUUAAUACGGCAAACGCAGUGGUCUUGUGAGACUGAAUCUAAGUAAAGAAAAAAAAAGAAAAACGCAAAUUAGUCCUGUGCGAAUUUCAUCGACGUCUGUUAAGAACAAUAAUAAAAUGACCAGGUAAAGGAACGUUAACAAUUGUGUUUUCAUUUCUAUCCCCGUUUGUUUCGUUGCGUUCUAUUAUCUCUCUGUAUUCGCUUCGUUUUAUUUCUCGUUAAGUGUCAUUGGCGUUGCCGUUGUCGUUUAACAGUUUAUUUCAUCCAUCUAUCUCCGUUCGAGAAAUCAUUUUGCCAUUCUUCUUUGUGUAAGAGCUGUGGCCACAACUUUGAGUACGUUGUCACGUUGUCACGAGAGACCGAUGUCCACACCCGUACUUGCUGCGCAUACGAUCGUAAACACCCGCAGACGUUGAUGAAACUCACAUUGUCACUCUGGCAAACGAAUACUUCGACGCAGGGCUCGGCCUCGUCGGAUGUCCCCCUCCCCCAACUCAAUCAAUCGCACGAGUUCGAUUGUACAAGCGGCACGCAAACUAAAUUCAAGUCCAUCGAACGAAGUGAAGGUCCGAGCGAGUAUAUAGCGGCAGCCGCUGGUUCGGGCUCGCUAGUUGAAGAAGAAAUAAAAAAAAGCGAUAAGAUAAACGUACAAGUUCCGGCCAGGCUUUUUGCUGUUGCACCCUCUCGUGCAAUCUGCAACAUGCAAAGGCAACUUAAUCCGUAGAACAUACAUGUGUAAUGCGAUAAUUAUCAAUCAAUCGUUACGAUCACCUCUGUCCACGGUAGAUUCUGAUUGACGAAGAAACGAGAGACGUCUUGUUUUUUUUCCAGUUUUGCUAUUCGAUAUUCUCACGUUGAUGUCAUAAUUUAUCUAUUCAUUCGAGGAGGAUAGCGAAUGUAUCGAAACUGUUGAUACAAGUUCUAAUGAUCUUUUCGAAUUAAGUUCAGAAUCAACGUUUUAAAAAAUUAAGAUUUUAAGUUACGAGGAGUUCGAAAGGGAAGAUUUCAUAUAAAAAUUUAUUUCUAACUUUAAUCGAUGUUCGCGACUUUAACCGAAAUGAUUAACUCGGUUCGCGGUUGACAAUGCUGAUAAAAGUCAUCCUGCGACGAAAACAGAUUCGAACUGGUAGUAAUCGAAGACGAAUAUAUCCUUUCCGCGAUCACGUCCAGGAUAUAUUGCAUUUAUCACCGUGUACGAUCCUUGUUCGCUAAUCACAGAUUACAAUCGUAGUAGUAAUAAUAAUAAUCAAUCAAUCGUGAUCUCGCGCUCGCCCAAUUAACGGCGAACGUGGAUCGCGAACGAAUACGCUUUAAAGAGAGAGGGAGAGAGAAAGAGAAAAUGUACAUGUAUGCGAGAUAAAUGGUUUAAAAGUUGUCUAAAAGUAUCCCCCUGCUGCUCAUGAUUAUCAAGGGGAUAACUCAAUGGUCACGCACGAUGUAUGAGCCGUUGGACGUGAUAUCAAUCACACAUUUUCAUUUAGCGAAUUAAAAAGAUUUGCAAAAAUAGUUACGUAAACAUAUAGAUAUCGAGUGUUUCCGAUGCUUUUAAUCCAUUUAUUAUUGUAAAAUAAUUAAACAUUCAAAUAAUAGGUCAGAAAUAUUGAAGAAAAGUUUAAACAGUCAAGAAUCAAUUAGGUAUUAUUUUCUUUUCGAAAAAAUAUAAUUUAUUACUGACUUAUAGUUACUAUUCUAUCCAACGGCUCGUGAUAGAUGACCAAGAGGCUAAUGUUCUAUCGAUCGACAAUCGCCAGGUGCAUGCUCAAUGAUUGCAGGAGCCAUUUGAUAAUUUCAACCACCUAUGGUCAAUGAGUAUGCACUAAUAGGCUGAAUGUGGGCCAACCAUGGCGGCGUGUAUCCCCAUGGGAACGUUUCAGCCAGGAUAAACCUGCUCGAGGCGGAGAGGCGAAUUGAACGAGAAAAAGGUGUGUCGUUGCGUGCGUGGUUGAGUGCGUGCGUAAGUACGGCGCGUUUACUCACUUUAACGAAUAGAACGUGUCAGUAUUAACGAGCAUUAAACCGUUCGACCGUACUCCGAAAUACGCGCGACGCGACGAGAGAAUCUGAACGUCAUCCGAGCGUGUGCCGUAUCGUGCAUACCGUUGUGCUGUUUCCAGCAGCAAACGUGACAAAUAAGACGAUAGGCACGGAAUACAUCAUACAGGGUGUUCACACGAUAAUUGCCGUGUUAGAGACCACGAACGAUCAAAAAAGCAAAACGCACAAAUUACCGGACCCACCUACUUUGAGAUCUCCAACUAGAUUUUAAGUAUCAUCGAAACUUUCAUUCUUAUCAGAGGCGACUAGAGAUUAGAGAUAUCCGAGGAAACAGAUUCGCUCGCGCUGCUGAUGCGCGAGAGCGGAAGAUUGAAUUCCGCUUCCGCUCAUCUCAUCAAUCAUCCUCCGAUCGUUCGCCGACUCUGUGGACUGCCGUUGUCCAUAUCGCGGAUACGUCCCUGGUUGAAAGUCCACGGAAGUGCCCGUUGUUUCACUAAGGGAAGAACAAGCCAACGUCUCGAUUACAUUUGCAUUUGAUUAACACACGACAUACUGACGAGAUUGGGUGAACCAGUCAGCAAUGUCGCAACAACGGGGGCAGUCACUAUAUCUUCGAUGAUUAUAGGGACCAACGUAGGGUGCGAUGAUCAGCAGGUACCUAUGGCCAAUGACUGUACUGCAUUCAACCAGGGGUGUCGUGAAGUUUUAGACUUUCAGCGUUUUCUUUGAUUUUUUUUCUUAAUAGCGCUCUUACGCAUAUCUCGUCUCGUGCAACGUGCAACAAGUCUCGCGAACUCACGAAGCAACGCGAAUACACCAAAGCUCUCUAACGGAGAAGAGGAGACAACGAACGAAGCCGCGGGAUUCGUUCCGGUUUCCGAAACAGAGAACGAGUGCUAGUACUGUCGGAGCGUUUCUCGUUUUGAGAAACUCUCGACGACUCGCAGCGUCCACUAAGCAGAAGCGACAGCACUAAAAUGGUUCGACAUAUCGACCUCUCACCCGACACAAAUCGCCCCACAAUCGACCUCCUUGUGCGCAAUAAUAAUUCGUUUCCUCUGAAACAACAAUAUUAAUCCGCAAUAAAUAAUGUUAGCACCCGUAGCGCCGCGAAUACGCGAGAGUUAUUGUUAUAUCUUUGUAUGAACAUUUAAUACGCAAUAAAUAUGUAUGUCGUCAUCC